UUUUUUGAAGAUCUGGGAUAGAUUUGGUGAACUCGUGACCCAGCAAAUAGUUCAGUGUCCAAAGCGGACACCCGACACCCACCACGACCACAACACAACACAGUCAAAGCAGCAAGUCAACAUCGUCGGAACGCUUCCUUGGCCUUGUAUUGAUGCUUGCACCUUCCUCUAUCUGAAUCAUCUGAAACUAUCUCGAUAGAAACGCAUUAGGUAGAAGUUAGUUACCCAAGAUGAUGGCAAGAGGAUCCCCGAAGCUGACGUAUACAAAGCAGAGCGAUGGCUACCUUAUACGCCAAAGAACACGCAUCGAGAAGAAGCCAGGCGCCUCAGAAGACUGGAGGUUCGUGUCUGCCAUGUUCCUGGGGACACUCUGUUUGGCCGCUUGUCUCUUUUUCUUGUCCUCGGGAGAGUUGAAUCCGUUCGCUACCGCAGGAGGAAGUCAUCAUCACCAUCCUCAUCACAACAAACAUUUCCGAGAACAAAAGCAUCAAGUAGAACGCUUUCUCCGGGCCGCACGUGCUCAAGUAGUAGAACUGGAAGAACGGAUUGUCGAACAAGUAGAAGAACUGGAAGAACGGGUUGUCGAACAAGUACAUGAAAUGGAAGAAAGGAUUGUCAACCUAACCACGAAAGAUCCAACAAAGGAGGAAGAGGGGAAAAACAUCAUUCCCGCAGAAGGAGAGGAGACCGUCGCCGCCACUGCUGCAUCGGAACCACAAGAAGGAGCCUCGAAGCCACAAGAAGAAGGAGCCCCAGAAGAGGAGACAACAAAAGAGCAGCAAGACGCUGCGGGAAAAGCAGACGCAACCACCGUUUCAGAACAGUGAAUUCUUGAGUCUGUGGCAACAUUAUUUAUUCCAUUCAACAACAACAAAACCCCCGUGGGUUAAUAGUGUAAAUUUGGACCACAACUGUCGGAUUGAAAAAGGAAUGAAUCGAAGUUUUGAAGAGUGGGCACCCAUGGCUGCAUCUCUCUUGGUGUUUUGUUCAGCGGAAUCGAAUCGAAUCAGGUGCGAGAACAUCAUCUGGCAAUAGGAAGAGCGCAAUCCUCCACACUCAGUCACUUCCAUUGACUUGCCAAUACUCGCCUAAAGAUCUUUACAUAAUGAUAGUGAUGCAUAAGUACAUGAACUGGGUCAUCUAGGAUCGCAGUUUAUUAUGUGGGAGGUGGACGAGGGCGUGCUGGUUUUUCCUGACU